CACACAAGAAGACAGAUGCUCAGCCACCACCUCUCUCAUCCCCUCUCUCUUAGUCUCUCUCUCUCCUCCUAGUUUGCUGUCCAGUGAGGAGGCUCCUCCUGCUGUGUCGCCCGGUAGGCAGUUACAAACGUUACUAUUUUGAGAGAGUCAGUGUGUGUGCGUGUGUGCGCGCUCUCUGCGUGCGGGAGCAACGAAUCGAAAGAGGAGAGAGGCAGAGAAAAGGCAGAGCGGGGUUUGGCUUGUUCUUCUGCACAUGAAGUGCUGGGCAGAAGAGGGAUGAAGCAGCGCAGGGAGACUCGGACCCGCUGCUGACGCUGUGCCACUGAAUCCAGGUAGAAGAAGACAGUAAAGUCAGGAGGUCGUGUGUCAAGGAGCUUUGAAGAACGGAACCAAAGGGAUAAAAAAGGGGAAAGAAGGCAAAAGGAGAGAGGGAGGUGGAGGUGAGCGGAGAGAGGAAAGAUGGCGAGUUUUGGGAAACUCACAGACUACUUUAAUCGCCGUAAGUCUCAAGAGGAGCUGCGGGUGGGCAGGAGCACGCAGCGCAGUGGCAGUUACUGCUGCACUGUGGCAGAGGCCAGAUCAUUGGAAAGGAAGCUGCAGAGACCCCUACUGGCUAAGUCCCGUACUCUCCCCAGCAUCCCCCAGUCUCCUACAGUGUCCAGGGUCCAUCACUCUGAUCUCAUUGGCGGGAGUCCUCCUCGCAGGAAGAACCCGCCCGCUGUCAGCAGCCACCCGAAGGCCUGCACUCUUCCACCCGCAGGGGAGCUGUGGCGUUUGGAGGAUGAUAUGGAGGGCGAAGAUGAGCCUGGGCAUGGUGGGUGCACCGAGACCCGGCCUCGCUCCCAGUCUCCCUUUUCCCACUUCCGGGCGCGAGCUGCCUACCUCCGCAAGAGCGUCUCAGCAGACGACCACCUGGACAUGGGCUCAGACUACAGCCCUGGGGCCGCAGUCGAGAGCAAACCAACCCGUGGCAGUAAGGGCAAGCUGAAGAGAAAAUUUAGUCUGGGCUCGGCUGACAGAAAGGAGAAUCAGCAUAAGAAGUCAGAGUCUGGAAUUUCCAAACUUACCCAUCGUCUAUCCCUCAAAGAGCGUGUGGCCAAAGCAGAGAAGACUUCCUCAGACAGACCUCCGUCCUACAGGAGACGAUCUCUAAGUGUGGACUGGGCUGACACUGCCAAGAUGACGCAGCCCAUGAGGGGGGACCAGGCCCACCAGCCUGCCCCAGCCCGCAAGUCAGCCAGCCUGUCCUCGCCAAGCGCGGCUCGCCGCCUAUACCGCAACUUGUCUGGAAAGUUCCGUGUGGGCACCAACCCCCCGGCCCUGGAGGACAGUGUGGUGUCAGGACGGGGAGUAGACAAGGAGAGGCUGCGCAAAACCACCAUAUUCCAGAGUAAUGAGACGUUGUUUGAAGCAGUGGAGCACCAGGAGUUGGACUUGGUACAGCUGCUUCUGUCCCAGUACAGUCUGGAGGAGCUGGACCUCAACACCCCAAACAGUGAGGGCCUCCUGCCCCUUGAUAUCGCUAUCAUGACCAACAAUGUGCCCAUGGCCAAGCUUCUACUGCGUGCUGGUGCCAAGGAGAGCCCCCACUUUGUGAGUCUGGAGGGCCGAGCAGUGCAUUUGGCCACCUUGGUGCAGGAGGCUGAGCAGCGAGUGUCGGAGCUUCAAGCCCAGGUUGGAAGCGAGGGUCCUGGUGAGCGGGAGGGAUCUGACCGGGAGAGGCAGCUAAAGGCCUGGGAGUGGAGGCUCCGGCUCUUCCGACGCAUGCAGACGGGCUUCGAGCAUGCUAACCCUCCAGACGGUCCCAGUGUAGUUCGCCUGUCUGUCAGCAGCAGCACCAGUCUAAGGGUGGACUUCCAGGAACCGCUCUGUGUCAACUCUGCUGUUGUUACCAAGUACAAAGUGGGCUGGAGCAAUGCUCCUUCACUCAGUCCUUUGCUGGGUGAGAUGGUGGUGGAGGACACCACGCUGCUACAGUGCAACAUAACUGGACUCACUUCUGGGACCUAUUACUAUGUCCAGGUGUCAGCCUACAACAUGAAAGGCUGGGGGCCUCCACUAGUUUCCAUCCCUGCCUGCGCUGCACCUUCCAGUUGGAGGGAUAUCGAUGGCCGGGCUCCACAUCAGAGAGGCCAGAAGGAGGCACUGGACCAGCUACUUGGGCAGAUAAAAGAAGCUCACCGCCACUGUGUCUGCCAUGAACAAUGCAAAGCUCCACCACAAGGAAGGAAGCACUCAGUAUCCAAAAGCCUGCGCCACCUCUUCCAACCCACCAGCAAAUUUGUUAAAAGCUUGAAAAGAGGUCUCUAUCUAACAUCGAUAUUCUACAGAGAUGACAAUGUGUUGGUGACUCCAGAGGACCAGAUUCCUAUUGUGGAAGUUGAAGAUUCCUACCCCAGCUCCCUGAUGCAGGACUUCCUCUGGUUUACCAAGGUAUCGUAUCUAUGGGAGGAGAUUCCCUGGCUACAGCAGUGUCUCAGUCCUUCCCAGUCGUCCUGUUCUUGUACUCUGCAGACACGCCUCAAGAUGCUGCAGGCUGUGUCCCAGCUACAGGGAAUGCUUGGAACCCAGGACCUUGGCCAGGUGUAUUUUGAGCCAAUCAAAGACAAGCAUGGUAAUGCCCUGCUGGUGCUCCUGAAGGACAUGAGUGCCUGUCCCAACCUUGAUGGGGUUCGCUGGACGCAGCUUUGUAAACUCCAGCUCCAACGCAAGUCCAUCUCGUCCCCUGAAGAACCCACUGCCUUGGACAUGCUUCUCAUCACACUCCAUGAGAAGCUGGCAUAUCACAGGCGGAGCAGGAAGAUGUUGUCUCCAGGCUUAUACCUGGGCUAUCUGAAGCUGUGUACAUCAGUGGAGCAAAUCAGAGUGCUGGUGCCCCAAAAACUCCCCAACGUCCUCUGUCACACCAAAAUUCGGGACAACAGCAACGUAUCCAGAGAGGAGUGGCAGUGGCUGCAGGCUCUCAGCUCUCUGGAGGAGUCGUUGGAAAUGGACGAUGAAGUACAGAGUGCUCCACAUCGCCUCCUACAGGACCUGCGCAGCGCCCUCAAGGACCUGAUGGCACACAUUAAUGUCCCUGGCAAUCAGGCACAGGACUUCCGUAUCUACAGCCAGGAAGUGUUGGAGUUUGGGGAGAAAGUGUCUUUCCUGCUCCUCCUGCCACCUUCAGAUGAAGUGUGCACAGCUCCUGGUCAGAAUAACCCAUACUCACCCCGCUCUGGCUUCCUCACCUUGCCCCUGCAGAUCUUUGAACUGGUCCAUUUUAAUGCCUAUUGCCCCAGUUUCAUUGGCCAGUACUGCAGAGUAUCGGCUUUGCUUGAGCUGGAGUCCCUCAUGUCCCAGCAGGCACUAAGGGAGGCUUUCUCUGAGGCCGAGCUGCUUGCUGCUAAGAAGAAACACCAGCAGGUCCAGGAACACAUGCAGCAAAUGGAGGAGGUGUGGCGUGAUGCAAGGUGGAUCAUGGAUGCCUUGCAGUAUGCCCGCUACAAGCAGCCAACGGGAGGCAUCUCCAUAAGCUGGAUAAUUGACUUCUCCAAGGAAGUGUUGCCCGAAAAGCCUCCCUCCACCUCUUCUCAGCCAGACUUCAUGCCCUCCCCCAUGCCUUCACCCGAACCUUGCCGUAAGCACUCAGAUUUUGUUGGACUAUCAGACGAGGAGGGCUCCUCUGAGGUCUUCCUCACCACCGACAGUGAUUACGACUCCAGCCGUGCCCAGAGUCCCCGUGAGCUGGACCUGUUGCCCCCCUCUCCCCUCUCAUCGUCUGCACCGCUGGAGCCCUGCGGUUUCUUGCGUAGCGAUGGGAGCAGCUCAGGAGGAGGGAUGUGUCUCAGCGGGGGUGGACGUGGAGGGGGGGGGCUAAGGGAUUCCACGCCAGAUGUCCUCCAGGCCUCGGAGCCACAGCACGGGAGGGAAGGUGAGCGGUGUGGUGGAGGGGGAGGAGUCCGGUGUGGUGGGGAAAGGCGAAGGGGCGCCCCGGAGCUGUUUGACAGUGACUUCAUCCUGCCUAGCAGGCAGAUUGAGCUGUUGCACAUCACAGAGAAGAGACAGGCCUUCUGUGUGAGAACCAGCAGCCUGGAGUUCCCUUCCACCACCUCAGCCCAACACCAGCCUUACUGCUACCACACUAAUUGCCCCUCGCCGUCCACCUCGCCACAGCGAAGAUGGCACAGGCCCUCGUCAGUGGACCGCUGUUGCUCGGCUGAGCGCUGCCUACCACUACUUCCACCAGCGCGUACACUAUCAGAGGACAGUGGCACACAGAGACUCUCCUCGCCAUCACCUGCUGCCCUCAGGAAAGGCUGUCAUGCCACGCUCAGAGUGUACCCACAGUACCGCACAGGCCUGCCAAAGGAGACCAGUGUUAAGCUUUGUGUGACUCCAGGAACAUCAGCACGGGAGAUGAUCCAGCUGGUGGUUCAGGAGAUGAACAUUGUGUCUCGACGCAUGCUCGGCAGCAGUGGAGGCGGUGGUGAACAGGAGCAGUGCGUGUACUACAGUCCUGAACAGUUGAAGCACUUUAGCCUCGUGCUGGUUGUAGACAAUAGAGAAAAGUGGCUUCAGGAUGAUUUCUGUCCCCUGGAGCUCCAAAAUCCCUGGCUGAGGGGCAAACUUUGCGUUCGCAUUAAGGAGUAUUCACCACUAGCGCUCAAACACAGCCGGGCCACCACAGUGUGAUACUUCCAGUAGAGACAAUGAGAUAAAGUUUUAACAUUUAAGAGUUCCUGCCAUGUGCAGAUCCUCUUUCGAUAAAUGUGUAUGGAAAUUAAGGAACUGUUACAUUUGUACAAACAGGCUCCUAACAGGCUUCUAAACUCUACACUGUUUUCUCUCUCACUGUGGUGUUACCGUCCACAACUGCAGCUAUAACAUUUUGGCAUAUUUUCUGCUGCGUUCUUGUUAUCUGAAAGGCUUCUGUUUCCAUGAAAUGCGUUCCUCCCGUACGCAGGACCUUUUUUAUGAACAUCAGAGGCUCUCAUAUGGACACCAAAUGAACAAUAACAAAAUGGAACAAAGAGAAAAGAGUUUUUUGUGCUGUCAGAAAUCAUUGUGAAAAAUAUUGUGAUGCUGAGCAAGAUUAAUGGAGCGUCACUUUGACUUCUGGCAUGAUUGACGCCGGCACAUCGGGCCGUGUGUGUUGCCAAAACAAGAUGGGCAACAUCAUCUUCUCCCCAGCCACACGCGGAUAAGGCUUUUCCUAUGAACUCUCUCAUUGUGUCAUUCCCAAAGAGCUGUCGGCUGCAGCCGCCCGGCCCCAUGUUCCCAGGAUGUGGGCUCUGGACCCGGCCCAGAGGGCAGGAAGGAAGUGAGAAGUACAGAGGGGGGCUGGCGUCUCCGCUUGGGGACGCAAUCGCCCCGACGAUUUGGCCCGUCAGCCUGUCACUCAACUGCUCUUGGCCACUGUACUGUCUGGUAGCAAAGCAGCCAAGCAAGGGAGAGAGAGCUUGAUAGAGAGUGAGAGAGAGAGAGAGAGAGAGAGAGGAGGAGGGUAGAGGCUGCAUCUCUUAGAACCUGGCACUCGCUCUCUGGUGCUCUUUUUCUCUCUUUCGCAGCAACGAAUCCUCUGUAUAGCAGACUCAGUCGUAGUGUAGCUUACAAGUAUGAUCAUCUCAUUUUGUGAAGUAACACAAAAUAAAACCAGCUAAAUUGGAUUGUCACUACACUGAAAAAACAAGCAAUACUUGAUUCUUUUUGUUUUUCUAAUAGAUGAAAAAAGCAUGUAAACCUUCCAGAAUUGUGCUGAGUACAUCUAAGGUACUGUAGUCAUGCUGUGCUAAAAGUGAACCAGUUCAGUGUUUUGUUGUGUUUGGUUCAAUGGUAUUCCCAGAUGCAUCGGAAAGUGGUGCCCGUCAGUCUAGAGCAGGGUCUCCCCAAGGGGAUUCUAGUGUGAAAGGGAUGACUCAAGUUGUUAAGAGGGCCCCGUGUUUGUUAGCAAAGUAACAUACCUGGUAUUCCAAACUGUCUCCUAAACUGCUUCAAAAUAAGACUAAUACAUGAAAGGACUUAACUGUACGAUGGUUAAAAUAAAUAUUUUAGAAACCCUCGACAAACCACUACGACUUACAAUGCAGUGGUCAUGUGACCAAUGGAGAAUAUUGGAGGCAUCAGUAGGCUAGUUUUUGGUCGCCUUGCUAACUUUUUGGAGAAGUUCGACAUUAAAGAUGCAGAUAACACAACUGUCCCUAAAAAAAACAAGUAAAACUGUACUGCAAAGUAAAAAAACGCAGUAAAUCUUUAUCACAUUUCUUUAUUCUUUCACCUCUAUUUAGUUUUGACAAAUGGUGAUUUUAACAAUGCAAACAAUUAUAAAGAAUAAUUUACAGACGUCUAACAAGCAUAUUAUAUGACAUUAUAUGUAUUAUACAACAAUUUCUUACUUUGAGAAUGCACACAUGGAGAUGCAGACCAGUUUGAGCUCCAAUGCAAUUUCAUCAAAAUGUUUUAACGUAUCGUCCCCUUUCUUUUGAUGUUUUAAUCAAAACAUAGGGGACGGUACGUUUGGUGAAUAAAGCAUGGUGUACUUGAGAAGAGUCCUGCUAUGUGUCUUAAUUUUGAUGGAAUUGUAUCUAUUAUAAAUAUUCAUGCAAACAUCAUUUCUAGUUAAUAGUUAGUUUAAAAAAACCCAUCUAGAGGGUCCCUUCAAUCAACAAAACAUAGUUAUGUGACCCUCACCUUGCAAGUUCAGUCGAGAGCUUCCUGUGACACCCGAAUUCUGUGUCUAAUAUGUCGAUUACCUUAAUUACCAAAACACUGAUGGAGGUAUUGUACUGAUGUGUUGAACUAUAUUAAUAAACCAGGGCCUCUUAACAAUAGAACCCAUCCCUUUUCGCUAAUUAUUGGGAACCUGUGCCAAGUUUUGGUUUCUCUGUUCACACUAUACAGUCUAUGAAACCUCACCUUAUAUCUGAAACAGGACAGUCUGUGCGUUGUUUACAUCCAACUCCACAUCUCACACUCACAGGAACUGCAGGCUGUUGUCUUUUAUUUAUUUUUUUAUAUGAGCUGUUUUUCAGCAUCUUAUAAAUACUUUUUCCUGCUGUAAGACAUUAAGCCAGCUCAGCAACACCAUACCAUUAUAAUAACCUGCAGCAUUUCCAAAUGUAGCACCAGAAAGGUCCAAAAGAGGAGAGUUUGAUGAAAAUCAGUGGACCAGGCCUCAGUUACUGUAGCAUUACAGGUUCACAGGAUGCUGUCGAACCUGUCACAGGGGGAGUUAACAGUGGCAUCUCUCAAAGUGUUUACAGAGUUUAGUUUCCUUACACCUUCAAAGAUGUGUUUAUGUGUAACUACUGUAUAAAGAUGUCUUAAGACAAACUGAUGUUAAAAGUUGUAAUUGGUUUUACUCUUGUGUUAGCGCUUAGAUGUCUUCUUUAUUCACAUUGUUAAAAGCGGUUUUUACGAGGGCCAACUGCAAAAACAAAUCACACAACAAACCGAACAAUGUACAUAGACAAACAAGAGCAGGGGAUGAAUGUACUGUAUCUGCCCUAAAUAUGAAAGUAAGUGAAUGUGGGGCUGUCAUCACUAAAGGGGUUAAAGGUCAGUAAAGUUAUAGGCAGGAGUCUGUCUUAAGAUUAUGCUGAAGGGGAAGAGGGGGGGCUCGAAUUCCCUCUCCAGUCAAAAAAUAAAGUAGAAGCCCCAUGUUUACAAGGAGCUGUUGGCAGAUCCAUCAGGCGAAGUCAUGAAGGAGACAUCACGUCACUUUUUUAAAAUCUAUUUUUAUUGAACAAUAAAUGAAUAUUACAAAAUAAAA